CCCACUUCGUUUGAGCCAUGCCACCAACUAACUAUCACAACUCUAGGGUAACAAAGAAUCAAACCAUGAGCACCGUGGAUGCUAGUGUCAUCCCUGUGGACCGAAAGAUAUCGCAGCCAUCGGAGUUGGAGAAAAGGAGGAGAGGAGGGUUUUGGUUACGGGAAUGGAGGUUGGUAGAUGUGGUUAACCUUUGCUGGAUCACUGGUAUACAUGUGUUGGCUGCAUUUGCACCUUUUGUGUUUGAUUGGGGUGCAGUGAUGGUGGCGUUGGGCUUGGCUUUGUUUACCGGCAUUGGUAUGACCCUAGGUUAUCAUAGACUUCUUACUCAUCGGAGUUUCAAGAUCUCUAAAGGGCUCGAGUAUUUCUUCGUUUAUUGUGGUGCUCUCGCUGGCCAGAAAGAUCCUAUAUCUUGGGUUAGCACACACAAGAGUCACCACAGGUAUGCAGAGACAGAUAGGGACCCUCACUCUCCAACAGAAGGUUUCUGGUUUAGUCAUUUAGGUUGGUUCUGUUACCAUGACUACAUUGUGGCCAAGUGUGGAGAAUACACUAAUGUACCGGAGCUAAAGGCACAGUGGUUCUAUAGGUUUCUUAAUGAAACUUACUUCUUGCAUCCAACUAUACUUGCAGUGCUACUAUAUCUCUAUGGAGGUUUUUCCUACUUGGUAUGGGGAGUGGGUGUACGAGCUGUUAUAGUUUGCCACAUGACGUUUGUUGUACGCUCGGUCGGUCAUAUAUGGGGCGAGAGGUCCUGGAACACCCCUGAUACAUCCACCAAUAACUGGUGGACGGGUAUUUUGGCUCUUGGAGAAGGGUGGCAUAAUAAUCACCAUGCUUUCCCAAAUUCGGCCCGACAUGGAUUGGAAUGGUGGCAGUUGGAUUUGACAUGGGAGUUGAUUAGGUUUCUCCAGCUAAUUGGAUUAGCAACGGACGUUAAGUUGCCUUCUGAGUCAGAGAAAAGAAGAAUGGUAAUGUUGGGCUCCAUCAAAACUAACUAAACAAUAUGAGGGUCUUGAUCAAGAUGAUUAAUCAGUAGUUUUUCGUUAUUUCGUGACUUUGAAUAAAAAGUUAUCUGAUUGCUUUCAUGUAACAAUGUAACAGAUAGGUUGUACUAGUUAUAAUUCCCUGUAUGAACCUAGGCCAUGUAAGUUCCGUUAGUGUUACUACAACCAAAAUUUGGAAACUCUGUAUAAAUAAAUGAAUUUUUUCCUAAA